GGCUUGGAACUCAUAUAACCUGACUUCUGCAGUGCUUUUUUGCUUUCUGUUUUCACUUCUCUCAGCUUUAGAAUUGGGCCCUUGUUGGGAGCUACUAAGAAGUUUAGGAUGGCCCAGCAAUUUGUAGUUAGUCAUAUUGCAUCUGAUAAAGUGGUUGUAUUUGGAAAGAAAGGCUGUCCUUUCUGUCACAAUGCGCUAGAUCUUCUGAAACAAAUUAAUAUCAAGCCUGGGCACUUGGAAUAUAUUGAUCUCACAAGCCAAAAUAAUAUGGAUGCCAUUCAAGACUAUCUUAUGCAGUUAACAGGUGCCCGAACGGUUCCUCGAAUUUUUAUUGGAAAAUCAUGUAUUGGUGGUUUUACAGAUCUAGAUGCUCUAAACGAUAGUGGAGAACUUUCCACCAUGUUAAAGAAGAUUGGGGCACUGUGAAGAGCAACAAUAACUACAGGAUGGAAUUACCCUGAAGAUGCACCUAUAGCAUUUAGGAUUAGAUUAAUUGCCUGUUCCAUCUUGUCUUCAUCCAUUGUAUAUUUCUGAAAGGAGGCAAUACAAAAAAAAGUGUUGAUUACUCUCUGGCUUCUAAGACACAGCUUUACCCUACUUUUAUACCUGUUAGUAUGACAGUUUCUCUGCUAAUAAAGUACUCAUGACCACAAUGGAUCACAAAAAGAA